GAACAUUUACGCGUAAGUCAGAAAACAAAAUACAACUGGCGACUGUUUACACUGACGACUCGGAUGACGUCAUCAAAAAACUCGCUAAAGAACUAGCCUUGUCUCUGUAAGCUGUGAUGUCUACCAGAAUUGCCUCAUUAGGGCGUAGCAUCGCUGAAAACUAGUUUUUCAUGAAACGUGCAAUACUUUGUGAUGAGAGUAUAUUAUACGAGAUUUUUGCAGUUCACAAAUUAUAAAAAAAUAAUUUUAGAGGAGUGUUAAAGUCAAAUGUUUAAAGACCAAUGUUGCUGUCUUGUUAGAAUAAACAGAUUGGUGAUCGUAAACGGUGUCUCUCAUAAGGAAAUAUGAAUUUCAUCGAUAGUUUACUGAAUCAUAUGUCUUCCACAUUCAAUCAGGAAAGUGUGUUGCCGAGACAAGCAGAAAUCUCUAUGGAUGAAACCUUCAAAUGGCGGGCUUUAAAAAAUAAUCAAUUUGCCAGUCGGUCGAAGAACAGACGUCUAUCAAAACACAAAUCGAACAGUGCAUGUAACAUUUCCAAUAACAUAAAAGUCGUCGAAAGCUACACCAGCACCUCGGUUAUUCUCGAAGACAAUGUCAUCGAAAUUCAGAUUGCAAACGACAUAAGUAAUGUUGAAAUUCAAGAAGCUCUUGCCAUUUCUAUAGCUAGCCCCGAUAAACCGGAGAAUAUAACCGGAAUGAAUCAGGAAAAUAAAACAUCAUCAAAUGAAAAUGAAAACACUACACUUUACGCCAACGAAGAAAAAAGUCUCGAAUCGUAUGAGGAGAAUGAAACCGUAAGUGCAAAACAGUUUGACAAAGAUCUGCCUGAUACGAAUUCUUCGCCAACCGUAUUCGUUUGCACGUCUCUUAAGUCGAGCCAGGAGAAUUUAGAUUGUUCGGAAAAUAUUCAACAACAUCAAAUUUCGCAAUAUGAGAAACAAGUCGAUCAACUCGUGAAUAACCAUGAAAAUCAAGUUGAUACAUUGAAUAUUUCAAAGAAACAUCUUCCGAUUCGGAGGUCAAAAAGACUGAAUAAUCAAUCCGAUAGGGAACUUGAACAGAAAAUUGUUGAACAGACACAACAACCUGAGACAAAGAAUCUGGAGAAAUCGUUAACGCCAGUUAAAUCGUUACAGUUAUUGAGCUCGGAAGGUGUUGAUGAUUGUGGUUUUAAUAAUCCAUUUGACAGUGAUAUUAAAAUGAAGAAUUCUAGUGUCAAUACGCCAAAAAGUCAACACUGCGAUACGCGUAAGGAUAAACCGGUGAAUAAAUCUAUGAAAAUGACGAGAUCUCGUUAUGCCCAGAAUACGAGAGCGAGAACAAGGAACAAACCUAAGGCGAUUAUCGACAAUAAUUCUCAACAUAUCAGUGUCAGGAAUGGUAAAAAUCGAAACCUACACACAUCCAUAGUUAAAAGUGUGUCGAUUAACACUAACUGGAAAACUACAAGACAAUGUAACAGAACCGCUAAGCACUAUCGUAAGUCUCAGGAGCGUGCACGAAAAAUAAAAAGUCUCAAAAAAUACUACGCAAGAUCAUCGCAGCGUGUUUCGAAGGACGGAAGUGAUGGGAUAUUAGCUUCAGCAAUCGCUCGGAGAGAGAAAAAUGAUGCAGUAGGUUUCCAAGGAAGACUAUCGCGUCCAAUAAAACUGUCUGCUAAAAUACUGGCAAACGAAGAUCUGAAGAACGAAUUUGAACUGCGAAAAAUUGCGAGAUCAAACACAUUUUCAGAUAUAAAGGAAAAUGCCAUGCCAGCUGAAGCUAACAGCUCAGAUAAUUUAGAAAAAUCAAAGCAUCUACAUCAACACAGAUUGCCUCUAGAGCCACCCGAUGACUGUUCUAAUAAGAAUUCGAAAAAAUACCAAAGUGCACAAGACUGUUUAGGAGGUGGAGGAGAAUCAGACCAAACUAGCGGUAAAAAUAAGUUGUCUGAAGAUGAAAGUUCAUUUUGUCAAACUCAAAAAAUGCUUGACUUAAAAGAAAAACAUUUCUUAAUGCUUGGUUUGAGAAGAAGAGACAGUCGUGAUGUGGCACUUGAAGUAUCUCAGGAACAUGAGUCGAAAGCUACGGAAUCGUGCCAUAAAACGAAUUCAAAAUCGACCUUUGCACAAGACAGUGUAAUUUUAGAUAAAACAGAACAUGCUGAAACCGCAUCAUCCGCAAAGAUUAUCUCCAAACAAGAUGAACUAACCAUGCUCCCGGUGGUACGACACCAGAAGAAAUACGUUUGCCAUUGCCAACAACGAAGCAAAUUUUUCAUAGCCAAAACACAAAGUAAUGGUUUGUGUACCGCAAUUGAUGACAUCGAUGGAUAUUAUGUGGGAUGUAGGAAGAAGUUACACGGUGACCUUCAAAAUUUGUUGCGGCCUGGUUGUAAAGUCAGCUAUCAACUUUUAUGCCACAUGCAUCGCAGGAGGCUAAGGUGUCACGACUGUUGUCCUGCGUGUGGAAUUUUUUGUACGCAGGGUGAUUUUGUUAUUUGUUCCAGAAGACAUCUUUUCCACCGUAGCUGCAGCAAUCGGUACACUACCAUUGAGAAUAAGAAUUCCAACAUUAUGCAUUUGAAGUGCCCUCACUGUGGAAUACAAAAUCCAGAUAACUGCUCCAAUGUGCAACUCCGAUGUUACAUUGCACCCAGUCUGUUCAGAGUUGAAGAUAAUGCUAAAGUCAAUUGAUGACAUUUCAAAUCAAAAUCGUAGCAACAUUAUUAGAUUUUAUUCAGUAAAAGAACAUUACAGUAGUAAUUUAUGUUUGUUAACUAAACAUUUUGGAACGAUCCCCAAAACCAAAUUUAGUUCCUAGUUGUAAGAUGGUACUGAUCGGCGGGAUUCCGUGAAGAAAAUGUAUUUUUGUGUUAGUGUUAUGAUUUAAUAGAAAAAAAAAGUUUUAGAUACCCGUGAAUAUGUCGAUUAAAAUAAACCAGCAUCAUCACUGUUUUUUUGUAUGUAUUAACGAUAAUUUGUGAUAAAUUUUGUAGUUAAUCAGCCUAAACAAGAGAAAUAAAAUAAA